AUGAAUUUCUUCUUACCGAUAUUAGUUCUAAAGCUUCUAUAUACUACGGCAGCUAGUUACGAAGAUCCUUGUCAUCCCUAUGCAUGCGAGUUCGGGGAUUGUAUUCCAGAGGGUUCUUCAUUCCGGUGCAAGUGUCGAGACGACCACGUCGGUCCCACUUGUAAUAUUUGGCGUUCACCGCUGAUAAAUUGUGAUGUAGAUGGUCCACUCACGUGUUUCAAUGGUGGUGUUUGUAAUACAACUGAGAACAAAUUCAGGUGCGAGUGCCCGCCUAACUUUACAGGAUUAUUCUGUGAAACGGACGUUGACGAGUGCUUAACAUCUCCAUGUUUAAAUGGCGCCACAUGUGUGAACCAGAUUGGAACUUUUUAUUGUAUGUGCCCUCGUGGCUACAAGGGCACGACCUGUGAGGAACGUAUCGAGGUGUGCUCCUCGAGGACUUGUCUCAACGGUGGCUCCUGUAUAGACGGUGUCAACGGUUACGUAUGUAAAUGUGCUCCGGGUUUUGUUGGGCAGCGGUGUCAGGAAGUGGAGUUCGGUCGUAUUGUGACGGUCAACACCACAAACAAUGGUAUUCUUUCGAUAUGCGGCAAUUGCCGUACCAAAGCGGGUAAUGGUCAAUGUGAUAAGGAAUGUGAUCGAUCAGAAUGCGGAUAUGAUGGUGGCGACUGUACAGUUCAGGAUACGAACCCAUUCAAAGCUUGUACAUAUCCAGAUUUCUGUUCUCGAGUGUUCCGUGAUGGAGUAUGCGAUGAGUGUUCGAAAGAUUGCGAAGCAAAAAAGCACAAUGGUAUUUGUGAUGAUGAGUGCAAUCGCGAAGAAUGUGAUUUUGAUGGCGGAGAUUGUGAAGUGAAUACGAAGAUCCUAUCUGGCGAACUGUCAGUAGUGGUCCUGGCACAACCUCACGUCUUUAUCGAGAAUGUAGAUCACUUCUUGCAAUCGCUGAGCAUAUCACUGAGGUCCAAUAUACGUAUCAAACAUGAUGAUCUUGGCCCCAUGGUCUUCGCGUGGAAAGAAGGCAAAAUUUGGGACAAUGUUAGAAAAUCUGCAUAUUCGACGGAAAAGGAGGGAGUGCUUGUAUGGAUUGAAGUGGAUGUGUCUAAAUGUGCAGGAGAGUGUUUUGGCGAUGUUGAAACGGUAGCUAGCUUUAUUGAAGCCGAUAAGAAGGAACUCACGGAGGCUAUGAAUAUGUCGGUUUACUCUGCAGUCGCGAGAAAGCCAAGAAGUCGUCGCGGCUAUUUCGAAUCUACACUUCUAUUCGUCGUUGUCUGCAUAUCUGUUAUGAUUUUAGUCGCGCUUAUUUUCGUUGUCCAGCAAAGAAGCAGCAGAAAGCGAAAAGUGGUGGAAAAUGCUCCAGUCUGGAUGCCACCCACGGAGUUCGAAAGUCUGAAAGCCACCAAAGAAAACAAUCGGCACCAGUUAGUUGCCUUUGGAAGUGCGAAACGCAAGCGAUUUGAUCCAUCUCAAGUUACUUUGCUCGAGGAUAAGCUGUCACCUGACUUACCGAGAGUACGUGUGCAAGCAAAGCCGAGAAAGAUAGAACCUCAGCCAUCUACACUCCAUGUCGAAGCAGCUUCCACUACGCCUAUCUCUUCUAUAUCAACUUCUGAAGGGAUAAAUCAGAGAGGCCCAUAUGGUCGAACUGCUCUCAUGGUGCUGGUCAGGAAUACUGCGAAAACGGAAGAGCAAGUAGUUGAAGAACUAGCCAAGUUACACGCUGCUGGAGCCGACCUGAACCUAUGCGAUGACUCUGGCGAUACUGCGCUGCACAUGGCUGUCUCUUCUGGUCGUGUAGCUGUUGUGCGCAAACUCCUAGAACUUGGGGCAUCACCGACAAUUCGCGACAAUACUAAUUCCACCUGCCUUCAUCUUGCUGCUCGUGCCUGUGCACCGUCUAUGGUAGCGGCACUUUUGGAAAAAGAAGAAAUGCGCUUAGAUGUGGAUGCUCUCGAUGACGAUAACAGGACAGCAUUGAUGCUAGUGGCUAUGUAUGACAUGGUGGACACGAAGAUUGCUGAAAUGCUAUGUGAUGCCGGAGCACAAGUGAAUUGUGAUGGAGACAACAGUUUGACCACAUGGAGAGGAAGAACAGCACUUCAUUUUGCUGCAAAGUACAAUAACCCUCGAGUUGUAGCCUUUCUGUUAGAGAAGAAUGCGAACAAGGACUGUCAGGAUUAUGAGUGUUGUACUCCUUUGCAUUUGGCUGCAUCGGAAAACCAUGUGGAACCUGCGAAAGAGCUUCUGAAAGUCGGUGCAAGUGUGAUGCUGAGGAAUGAUAAGGUUAGUGACUGA